CCUUAACCAGCCUCAGAUUGAGGUCAAUGAGAUCUGUCAGGUGAAACCGCAAAUCUCUUUAAGCGCUUCAGAGCUCCCCCUUCAGUCUGCAUGAAUCCUACAAGAAAUGUCAGUGUGUCUGUGUCCAUGUUUGGAGGGGUCUGCUAAAUUAGCUUAGCGAGCCCCCCUUUGCUGUGAAUGUUGUAUUGUGUGUGGAGGAAACUGGCUCUGUUAAUCCCUCUAAUCAGCAAACACCAUACACCCCACAUUUAAGACCACUUUUAGGCCUGCCUCCACCCACAUCUGGUUUGAUUUCUAUUUCGGUCCCGAUGUCAGAUGAAUCUAGUUUCCUGCUACAGGUGCAACAAUCAGCACCAAGUUAUUUAACUACACACGCCUCUCUUUUAAAGGCACCUAAGAACGGCAUAGAGAGAUAAGCACUUGAGCCGAUGUUCAUCUUCCGCUGAGCACAGCAAAGUCCCCCUAAAGGUUAGAUCACUCCUCCACUGUUGUAUGUCUGCUUCUCCUCACACCUUUCACCCUGCCCUAAAACACCCCUCGUCCUUGCUCUCCAUUGGCCCUCCUGAGUCAGGUGGGCGGGGGAUACCCGAAAUCCUCUCCUAAGUCAGGAAAAUGCUCAAACGUUCUCCAGUAUUUGCUGCAGGCGGUUGACGCACCAGCUGCGCAGUUGACGGCACCGGUCGGAGAGUAGGCGAUCACCGGGGACCCUACUUCCAUUUUUUCCCCGACACUUGGCUUUUGAGCAGAAGGGCCCCACACAGGGAAAAGUAGGAUGGGGGCCGGAGCGAGCGCCGAGGAGAAACACUCCAGAGAGCUGGAGAAGAAGCUGAAGGAGGAUGCCGACAAGGAUGCAAGGACUGUCAAGCUGCUGCUGCUAGGUGCUGGAGAAUCAGGGAAGAGCACAAUCGUCAAACAGAUGAAAAUUAUCCACAAAGAUGGUUACUCACUUGAAGAAUGCUUGGAGUUCAUCACCAUCAUCUACAGCAACACCCUGCAGUCGAUCAUGGCCAUUGUGAAGGCCAUGAGCACACUCAACAUCAGCUUCGGCCACGCUGACCAGCAGGAUGACGCUAGGAAGCUCAUGCACCUUGCAGACACCAUUGAGGAAGGCACCAUGCCUAAAGAGCUGUCAGACAUCAUUCUGCGCCUGUGGAAGGACAGUGGCAUACAGGCGUGCUUUGACAGGGCCUCCGAGUACCAGCUCAACGACUCUGCUGGAUACUACCUGAAUGACUUGGAGCGACUGGUCCAACCGGGCUACGUGCCCACCGAGCAGGAUGUGCUGCGAUCAAGAGUGAAGACCACCGGUAUCAUCGAGACCCAGUUCUCCUUCAAAGAUCUCCAUUUCAGGAUGUUCGAUGUGGGUGGCCAGAGGUCAGAGAGGAAGAAGUGGAUCCACUGUUUCGAAGGUGUGACCUGUAUCAUCUUCAUUGCUGCUUUGAGCGCCUACGACAUGGUGCUGGUGGAGGACGAUGAAGUGAAUCGAAUGCACGAGAGUCUGCACUUGUUCAACAGUAUCUGCAACCACCGCUACUUCGCAGCCACCUCCAUCGUACUCUUCCUCAACAAGAAAGAUGUGUUCAUUGAGAAGAUCAAGAAAGCUCAUCUGAGCAUGUGCUUCCCUGAUUACGAUGGUCCUAACACUUACGAGGAUGCUGGUAACUACAUCAAACUCCAGUUCUUGGACCUGAACAUGCGCCGAGACAUCAAAGAAGUCUACUCCCACAUGACCUGCGCCACAGACACAGAGAACGUCAAGUUUGUGUUCGAUGCCGUAACCGACAUCAUCAUCAAAGAAAACCUGAAAGACUGUGGUCUCUUCUAAGAGCCGCGCGGAGACGCCCACUGAAGGGUGAUGUUGUAGCCCCAUCACACCCCACAAAAUCCCUUCUUGAUUCAAACUGAGGAUGAAUGAAGAUGAGAAACCUUUCCCCUCAAACCGGCGAACGCAAAGAAAUAAAGACCAAAUUUGUUGUGUUCCAAGUUCCACUAAGACCAGGUCCACUAAGACCACAAGACGGCUCAUGAGUCAGAAAACCCUGUGCAGAUUUCAGAUGAGUUGAAUUUAUAGUAACUUCUCUCUCGAGUCUCGUGAACUUCUCUUCAGGGGGCUAUGCAAUCUGUAGUUAAGACAUCAAAAGCUUCUGUCAGCAUAAAGUGUUUUCUUCUGACACGUACUAAUGUGAAUAGAUGUCAGGCUUAUUACACACCGUCUCUAUGCUCCAGUAACUGGUCAGUAUUGAGCCAAAAAGCAAAAAUGACAGGGCCUCACCACCUGCAGACGCACUUCAACUUUUGUUAGAAAUUUUAAAAGAACUUGCUACUAGAAAUGUCUUUUACACACAGAUACUCUAGAGCACAGUUUCAGACAAUUCAAACACAACUGAGUUUAUAAAGAGAGUGUUAGAAAAUGUAACUUUUCUUUGCAAUAGCUGAACAGGGCCGUGUAUAUAUUUAAACUGUUUUCUAUUGGACAGUUCAUGAAGUGUGGUGAUACCAUGUGGAUCUGUAACACUGAUGAGCGGUAGAUGUAAAAUACUUCAACUUAAAAGUCCUUGUGAAUCUACAGGCCUCUGAGGCGACAAUCCUGUACAGAAAUCGAGAAUUGUAAACCUUGACUAAACGUAUUAAAGCUUCCGUAGAACACUGA